AUGGUAUCGUCAGGAUCUCACGUGCUUCCGGUUUCGACGAGCAUCCCUCAGCCCCCAACCUUAACCGCUUUGGCGGAAUCACAGCCUCCAGCCGUCCGUGCAUUUGUGAAUCGCUGCACUGAAACGGUCCGUGAUAGUCUGUCCCGUAGCCGUCCAUGGUCGGAGCUCCUCGAUCGAUCCGCCUUCACCAAGCCGGACUCUCUUUCCCACGCUGCGUCGCGACUCCGGAAGAAUUCCUCUUAUUUCAGGGCGAAUUACAUCUGCAUCAUAUCUCUCAUCCUCGCUUUCUCUCUUCUCGCCCAUCCCUUCUCUCUCAUCCUCCUCGUCUGCCUCGCCGCUUCUUGGCUCUUCCUCUACCUCUUCCGUCCUGCCGAUCGACCUCUCAUCCUCUUCGGCCGAUCUUUCUCCGACCUUGAAACUCUCGGUGUGUUAAUCCUCUCCACAAUCGCCGUCAUCUUCUUCACUAGCGUCGGAUCUGUACUCAUAUCCGCUCUCAUGGUCGGAGUUGCGACGGUCUGCGUCCAUGGUGCCUUCAGAGCUUCCGAUGAUCUCUUCCUUGACGAGCAGGAUCCUGCUGCCGCCGGGUUUCUCUCAUUCAUCGGUGUCCCUUCGUCUGUACCAUCCGCCUCAUCAAGGCCUUCCGCCGUAUAA